AUGAUGCGGGUCCUGGACACGGUACUUUCGUUGCUCAUCCCGGCGCUCAUCAUCUUUCACCUCGUCGUGGCCCCGUACACAAAGGUCGAGGAGUCGUUCAACAUCCAAGCGACCCACGAUGUACUCGUGUAUGGCACACCCACCCAGGACAUCUAUAAGAGACUGGCGAACAGCUUUGAUCACUUUGAAUUCCCCGGUGCUGUGCCUCGCACAUUCAUCGGUCCUGUGCUUCUGGCCGGCCUGACGCAGCCCUUGGUCGCCGUCUUGGGCUUUGAGCACGCCCAGGUUCUUGCCCGGGCCGUACUGGGACUCUUCAACGCCUUUGCUAUCCUCUGCUUCAAGGCCAACCUCGGGCGCGCCUACGGGCCGUCUGUUGCGAGGUGGUAUGCGCUGUUUCAGGCCAGCCAGUUCCACGUGAUUUUCUACGCUUCGAGAAUGUUGCCAAACAUGUUUGCAUUCGGUCUUACAACUCUUGCAUAUGCCUGUCUUGUCCCGGCUCCAACGCCGAAACGAGCACUCCCUCGGCAAAGACUGGCCGUUUCGCUCUUUGUGUGCGCCGCAAUCAUCUUUCGCUCAGAGAUUGCUCUCCUGCUGGCCACGAACGCUCUGUAUCUUCUGAUAGCCCCAAUGAUAUCCCUGCAGAAACUCAUCUCACCCUUUUUCAUCUCCGUCAUAGCAGCCCUGCUCAUUUCGGUCCCAGUGGACUCGUACUUCUGGCAGAAGCCAAUCUGGCCAGAGCUCUUUGGCUUCUACUACAAUGCUGUCCUCGGGUAUUCAUCCAACUGGGGUGUCUCUCCGUGGCACUGGUACUUUACCUCUGCCUUGCCACGGCUCUUGAUGAAUCCUCUUGUUUUCGUUUCGUUGGCCGUUGCCCUGCGCCAGCCAGCAACACGCAAAGGAGGUGCGAGGCUACUCGUUUAUCCCAACGUCCUCUUCGUGGCGAUAUACUCCCUGCAGCCGCACAAGGAGACUCGCUUUAUCUUUUACGUCGUUCCGCCUUUGACGGCGGCGGCAGCACUCGGCGCAAACUUUAUCUUUACCCGCCGUUCCAAGAAUACCAUGUACGCCUUGUCCAGCAUGGCAUUGGUGCUGUCAAUCCCCGCAUGUCUCGUUGCCAGCACGGGAAUGCUCCUGUUAUCUUCGCUCAACUAUCCUGGCGGCGAAGCCCUUGCGAACCUUCGGGCGUACGUGGCUAUAGAUGACGCCGCCAGAACAGCAGCGGGUGGGACCGCUACAGAGGUCUCGUCGUCAGGCCAGAUGGUGUCAGUCCAUGCCGACGUCCUGGCCUGCAUGACGGGCGUGACACUGUUCGGCACGACGACGGGCGCGGCAGCCGGCAUUGGUGCGCUUCCGUCGCUGCGUGCGCCUAACAAACCGGGGACCCAGACCGGAGGCGGUGAUAUCGGCGUCGAGCAAGGUCGGGGCGUGCUGCUGGCAUUGGACAAGACUGAGGACCCCAUCACUUUGGGAGAUCCGAGAUUCUGGCACCUGUUUGACUAUGUCGUUGUUGAGGACCCACAAAAGGUCAAUGGUGCCAAAUGGGAGGAGAUUGGGAUCGUGGAGGGUUAUGCCGGUAUCGAGGUGUUGCGGCCGGGUGCUGUUUCUUCCACCAACUUGAGUAGUGGCGAUAAGAGCGUCCACGGCCCCGUGGUCGGGAGAGGCAAGCUUGUCAACGACAUCAGGGAUCGGGUCAGAGGCUUCACAGGGGGUUGGUGGGUCGGGCCGCGGAUGCGGCCACGGCUACAUAUUCUGAAGCGCAUCAAGGGCGCCAACCCAAUGAGGAGCGUUGCGUCUUGA